GAGCGGAAGAGAGGGCAAAGCCAAGAGGCGAACCUGGGCCGAAUCAAGCUGCAAAGGACUCGGCCUGGUCAGAGCGGGGAGGCGAGAUCAGCCAUAGGCGAUAACCCGAUCGCGCAGAUCUCUACACUUUCUGACUUGCCAUAUAUAACUCCUCCCGCCUCGUCUCUAACCUCCCCGCUCCUUUCCCCCUUUCUCCCAUCCACCACAACCACACGCUCUACCUAGACAAUGGACAGCUUCCACGAGCCCCGCCGUCCCCUCGAGCCCAUCCACAUAGAAGAAGUCCGUGCGACUAUUAAAGCCCGCGAGGAGGAGCACCGCGCAAAGGGCAUCCCCCUCUCCGGUCGAGUCCUCCACGUCUGCCACUACCUCCCCCUCACCGCUACUCUCCAUUCCUCCUCCAAGCCCGGUAUCCUCAGUCCACCAGCCACUCCCCCCGUCCAGCCGUCCGACAUACCAUCUGAUGCGGCCUCCGAGCCUCCGGCUGCUGUUCCUACCGCUGCUGCAGACGACGAGCAGAGACCCAGGCCGAAAUGGAGUCUUGGUGCGAGACAGGGACAUGCUGCUAUGAUCAGUGGUAUCAAGUCUCUCUCUGGCACGCACGAACAGGUCAUCGUCGGCUGGACGGGCGACAUCGAGUCCCCGCAGACUUCACCAGCCGGCGAGAAGAUCAAGAUCCCCGCUAAUUCGCUCACUGAAGAGGACAAGGCUGCGCUCGAGGAAGAUAUCGCGAAUUACAAGACGGAUGAAGACGAUGGCAAGACGACCUACGUCCCAGUCUGGCUCGACGACAAGGUCGCACAUGGUCAUUACGAUGGUUACUGCAAACAGACCCUCUGGCCCCUCUUCCACUACCUCCUCUGGCAAGACGUCGGCGGUGCCACCAACGGCACCGCAUCUCUCUCCUCCUCCGCCGCCUCCGCAGACACCCACUGGCCGCCGUACGAACAAGCCAACGCGGCCUUCACCCGCGCCGUCCUCUCCGUCUACCAGCCCGGUGAUCUCAUCUGGGUGCACGAUUAUCAUUUGUUGUUGGUCCCGAAGCUGCUGAGGAUGAGCGCGCCGGAUGUGUGCGUGGGGUUGUUUGUGCAUACGCCGUGGCCGAGCUCGGAAGUGUUUAGGUGCUUGCCUAGACGCAAGGAGAUCCUGGACGGCAUGCUUGGCGCAAACCUCGUCUGCUUCCAGACGUACUCGUACUCUCGCCAUUUCACGUCUUCGUGCGUCAGGGUCUGCGGGUACGAGAUUGCCGCGAGGGGGAUCGACGUGCAGGGGCAUGUGACGGCGGUGAAGCAUUGUCCUGUCGGUGUCGAUGCGGAGAGGGUGCAGAAUGAUUUAUCUCGCCCCGACAUCCAACCCAAACUCUCCGCCCUCCUCAAGCUCUACUCCGGCAAAAAGAUCAUCAUCGGGCGGGACAAGCUCGACGUCGUGAAAGGCGUCGUGCAAAAGUUACGCGCGUUCGCGAAGCUGCUCCAGGACUACCCGGAGUGGAUCGGCAAUGUUGUGUUGAUACAGGUGACGAGCCCUGCGUUGAGCGAUAGUCCAAAGCUGGAGAGACAGAUUAGCGAGUUGGUGAGCUCGAUUAAUGGGGAGUUUGGAGGGUUGGAUUUUAUUCCUGUGCAUCAUUACCACCAAACGAUCGGCAAAGACGAGUUCUACGCUCUCCUGUCCGCCGCAGACCUCGGCGUGAUCACCCCGCUGCGGGACGGGAUGAACACGACGAGCAUGGAGUUCGUGAUCGCGCAGGCGAGGACGAAGAAGUCGCCGUUGUUGUUGAGCGAGUUUAUGGGCAUCUCGAGCAAUAUGGCGGAUGCGCUGCAGAUUAAUCCGUGGAAUCUUGGGGAAGUCGCGGCGGCGAUGAACCGCGGGCUGACGAUGUCCCAAGCCGAGAAAGAAGACCGCAACGCGAAGCUGCUGCAAGUCGUCACCACCCAGACCUCGCACACCUGGGCCGCGAUGCUCGUCAAGACCCUGCUCGGCGUCAUGGGCGGACAGAACAUGGCCCGGCAAACCCCCGUCCUGCCCACGGUGGACAUGCUCCAGCGAUACAAGUCCGCGAGCAAGCGGCUGUUCAUGUGCGAUUACGACGGGACUUUGACGCCGAUCGUGAAGACGCCGAGCAUGGCCGUGCCGAGCGACGCGGCGCUGAACGUGCUCACGGCGCUCGCUGCGGAUCCGAAGAACCUUGUGUAUAUUAUUUCGGGGCGGGAUCAGCAGUUCCUCGAGACGCAUUUGGGGCAUAUUGGGGGAUUGGGGAUGAGUGCGGAGCAUGGCGGGUUCAUUAGGGAGGAAGGGGAGAAGGGGUGGACGAAUUUUACGGAGAGUUUGGAUAUGGAGUGGAUGGGGGAGGUGUUGGAGGUGUUUAGGUAUUAUACGGAGAGGACGACGGGGAGCCAUAUUGAGGUGAAGAAGAGCAGUAUUACGUGGCAUUAUAGGGGGGCGGAUCCGGAGUGGGGACAGUUCCAGUGUCGCCAGUGCCAGGAUCUGUUGGAGAACAACGUCGCUCACAAGCGUCCCAUCGAAGUCCUCGUCGGGAAGAAGAACCUGGAAGUGCGCCCGAUAGCCGUCAACAAGGGCGAGAUCGUGAAACGGAUUUUGUACAACAACCCCGACGCCGAAUUCGUCUUCUGCGCAGGCGACGACAAGACGGACGAGGACAUGUUCCGCGCGCUCGCGUUCUCCGAGACCGAACUGCCUCUGGUCAUGGAACCGCCGAUCUCGGUGACGACGCUGAAGGACCCGUCCGUCGUGACGCAUAACGCCGGUGCGGAGGUGGAAUUCAAAGCGAGGGAGCUGGCGCUGGUGCCCGAGGCGAUAUUCACGACGGCGGUGGGACAUCCGAGUAAGCGGACUCUGGCGCGGUGGCAUGUGACGACGCCGAUGGAGGUGAUUGAGGAGUUGACGCAGUUGGCGGAAGGGAAUGAGGAGAAGGCGAGGGAGUGUGUGGAGGGGAAGGUGGAGAGGGAGUGUGUGGAGGGGAAGGUGGAGAGGGAUGGGGCGUUGAAGGAGGAGGAGGAGAAGGAGGCGCAUAAGCAGGAGGAGGGGGAGGCGAAGCUUUGAGCUGCGCUGGUGAGUGAGCGUGGGGGAUGGUCGGUCGGUGAGUGAGGUGGUGUUUAUUGAUAUUGAUUUGAUGCUACUAGAAUGGGGACGUUGCUUGUCGUCACACGGGGGUGCUUUGUACGUUUAUAUUGGGCAGAAGUUUAGACUACGAAAACAGAAAUAUGGACGAGCGGACGUUGAAAUUUGUACCUACUACUACCUGGCUUUCCACACAUACACACAUACACAUAUAUCUCCUUCCUUCCUCCCUCCUUCCUUUCCUCCCACCUCCAUUCCACUUCCACGUACUCGUAUCAUGAUAGUUUUAGUUCUACCCACCUUUCACGACGAGGUCACAGUGCAUACAUAUAUCUCUUGUUUUCUUUUCUUGGGGUCGUUAACGGUACUACUAUAGAGGGUUUUAUUCCAUUUCGUUUGCACGCACACGUCGUACUCUCUCGAUUUGCCUUUGUACAUAUCUACCGGGAACAGAAAAGUUGCAAUCCGU